UGGUGUGUGUGUGUGUGGGGCGUAUGUGGGCAUGUGGGCUUGUUCUAAGACUGCGUUAUAAUAUAUAUAUUGUGGCAUAUCCUGUGUUCUGUCUCGCCCUUGUCAAACAUACAUUCACUUGCAUUUAUUGGAAAUUCGAUUGCCAUGAAUAGCAUUAUGGAGAAUAUUGAUGACAAAGAACUUUCAGCAGUACAAAGAGAGAUUGAAGAAGCAUUGAAGAACAACAGCUUGACCACAGCUGCAGGCAAGAUUCAAGAGUAUUUGAAGGAGUUUAAUAAUGUGGAGCUGAAUYUUGCUGUCACAGGAGAGACAGGCUCCGGUAAAUCUACCUUUGUCAAUGCGUUCAGAGGCAUGAAGUAUAAUGAUGACGGCGCUGCUCCAACUGGUGUGGUGGAAACCACCAUGGAGGCKAAMGCWUACCCCCACCCAAAAUACCCAAAUAUGAWAGUUUGGGAUCUCCCUGGRAURGGCACCGKUAACUUCAAACCAGAAGAGUACCUUCAGAAAGUUGAAUUCGAUCGCUUUGAUUUCUUCAURAUAGUCUCAUCAGAGCGAUUCAGAGCCAAUGACAUUACUCUGGCCAAGGAGAUCCAGAAGAAGAAGAAGAAGUUCUACUUUGUUCGCUCCAAGAUUGAUAACGACAUGAGGGCUGAGGGGAGAGAAGAGAAGUUUGACCAGGAUAAGACACUGGAAACAAUCAGACAAUACUGCAUCAAAGGGCUUGAGGAUCAGGGUCUAGGCUAUCCGAAGGUCUUUCUCAUCUCCGGUUUUGACUUAGGUCUCUACGAUUUCCCUGACCUGGAGGAGACAAUGGAGAAAGAGCUUCCUGGCCACAAGAGGCAUGUACUACUGUUGUCCAUCCCUAAUAUAACCCUGAAAAUCAACCAGAGGAAGAAGAAGGCUUUCAUUGCCAACAUAUGGAGACUAGCUAUUUUAUCUGGCACUGUGGCAGCAAUACCUUUGCCAGGCCUUUCCUUUGCUGUAGAUUUAAGCAUAUUGGUAUUGGAGAUCCAGAGGUACUAUAACUCGUUUGGUCUUGAUGAUGAGUCCCUGCAGAGCCUUGCUAACAGAAUGAAUGUGCCGGUGGAGGAGCUGAAAGCAGUCCUCAAGUCACCUCUGAACCAAAAAAUAAACAAAGAUGUGAUUCUCAAGAUGCUUCAAAAUGUAGCUCUAACAGCGGUGACGGUGGUUGAGUACCUAGUAAGUAACAUUCCUAUUGUCGGCAGCUUUGCUGCAGCAGGGAUUUCCUUUAGUACAACCUACUACUUGUUGAGGAAGUGUCUGAAUGAGCUGGCUGAUGAUGCACACAAUGUUCUGAUGAAGGCACUGAUGGCCAAUGAGUGAGAAUGUUCAAGAUUGAAUUGAAAUCUAGAUCUGUGUUAAAAGUAGAUAACUAAAUUAUGCAGCUUGAAAAUAAAUGUACAAAUCAAAUGUAAUUGAUCAAUGGGAUAUUAAGGUCACAAUAGUUUUAAUAUAGGCUAGCAUGAUAUAAUGGCGUGGGGUUGUCUUUGCUGCAUUCUGCUACAGCCUGAGCCAAGACGCAGAUAGAUUGGUGGGAGUAGCACUUGAGACGCCUGUCACUGAGUAGACUGAUGGUCAGCCAGUAAAUGUACAAAUCAAAUGUAAUUGAUCAAUGGGACAGUAAGGUCACAAUAGUUUUAAUAUAGGCUAGCAUGAUAUAAUCUUACUGCAGUAGAUGGGAAAUUCAUAUUGGGAUCUUUUUACUCAUAGUAAAUUACUCUUAAAAUACAGUAUAUACUCCAAAAAUAUAAAUCAGAUUUUACCAUUUAACUUCAGUAUAAUCUAUGUAAUCCUAGACUUUUGAGAACCAAAUCGGAUGUGAUUUGAAACUAUUACAUGAUAUUUAAAUGUUGCUCCCUCUAGAAAGUGGAUUUGAAAAUAAUCCUAGUUUAGAAAGAAACAAUGUUAACUGUCCAAUAUAUUAUAUAGGUUGUGGUUCUACAUGAUAACAUAAAAACAAAAGAAAUGAUUAUCCAGUUCCCUAGGUGGCAUCUCCUGAAUCUCAGUUUUUUCUUUAUUUAAGGUAUUCUGUAAUCUCAGUGAAUGCACAUUGUAACUGUGAUUACAUUAUCAUGACAUUCUCUUAUAAUGAUCAAAAUAAACUUUUAUAA